CGGAUUCCCACGCUUUCCUUCAAUAAUAUGGCUUAUAUGCAAAACAGAGUUCUUCAUCAGCCCCAGCAAGUGAACGUUUCUUCUGCGCAUGGCAGUAGCGGUGCAGGGGGACCCCCUAUCCAUGAUUGUUUCCUUCGUUUGAACCAUGACUUUCCUAACUCUCCCAACUACCCACAUGACACAGCUGUGAAAACUUUAUUGCGCUUGCCUCAGGUCUCACAAACCGUGGCGUAUUCAUUUGUGCAUAUUGACAAACCCCAAGAUGGGGAAACUCACGCCAUUUACCUGCUACCAACUCUGCAGCGCUUGCCGCUGGAUGGUGUCCGAUAUCUGGAGGAAGAACAGCGAUACAACCUGAAUGUUGGACGUGGUCUGGAAUUGGAGGUUAUGGAGUCUCGGGGGGGUUUUGUACCCGGAGAUGACCACUACGCUUGGAGGAUUCGGAGGUUAUACCGACUGACCAAGGGUGGUCACCCUUCCAUGGCUCUGCUACAUUAUAGCAAAGGCAAUCCACAAGCGAUCCCCCCGCAAAUAGCUAACCAACCUGUUCGCCACUACCCCCUCCGGAAAAUUGACGAACCCUCCAUCUAUGUUUAUGGGGAACGAAUGGGGCAGAAGGAGUUUCUUCAGCAACGCGCGAUGGCGGGUGUUGUGAGUCAGAAUGCGCACAUGGCCCAAGCCGAGAAUCGACGAGAAAGAGAGAGAAGAGAGGGAGGAUACCAACACCCACCACUACCAGCGGAUGAUGAAGAUGAUCCAACUGUGACGACUAGAUCUUUGGCAUUGCUCCGGUUUACUAGAAAUCAUGAUCACCUUGCGGAGAUAUUCAGCCCCGUUACAAUAUCCCAGAUACCCGAUAUCCCAUUGCCAUACGCCGAUGUCAGCGCGUCAGAGUUAGAGAAUAAAUUGGCAUUGUUGGAAUCGCAGAUUGAAAAGUUACGAAAGGGAAAAAUCGCAUGUACGAGGGACAGUGUAUCUAACGCUGGAGUGCCACCGGAUGUUAUGACAGUUGACGGGUAGUAUCGUGUUGUGUUGCCUAGACCUGAUGUAUAUGUAAUCGCGAACGCCUGGGAACCUGACGGAUUGCUUUAGGGUCUUUGUUGAUUGAACACUGUGUCCUCGGUCCCAAGCCUUUCUGGUUCGCAUGGAUUAGGAAUUAGCAAGAG